UCAGUGUCUGAUGACGAAUUUCCCCCACGAAUCAUUAUCACUCAAUUCUGCAAGUGGUUCUGAUUUACUAUCGCUGUUCUCUAGCCGGUCUAAAACCGUUUUGACCUAAAGGGACGCUUUUUGGACGCCAUGGACGUUUCUCAGUUUCCAGGCAGAAAGAACAAUAAAAAUACAGGCAGGGCGCAGGACAAAGCACUCGGGACAAAAUGUAUGUGAAAUGGUUUGAUACAGGAAUGUUUUACUAUGUGAUUUCAGUGUAUUUACAAAAAUUACAUUUUUUAAAAAAUUCAAAUUACCCGCCGGUUCCGGCACCCGUACGUCCCGACGUCACAGGGACCGGAACACAGAAGUCGGAUGCCAGCAAGGUAAGUGCUGCAGGGACCCCCAGAGCAACGCCGCAUGGU